GUGGGUUUCACCGCAGUGGUAAACGUCUGUCACCUGCAUCACUUCGGGCUUUCCUCCCACAUUAAUGUGACACUGGAAUACUGUUAAAAGCGGCGUUCAACCCAACUCACUCACUCAUAUUUUUAAGUUUUUCUUAGGACUCCGCCAUUUCUGAAAACAACAAUACAUGACUUCUCCAAGUUAACUUCUAGGCCCUAUUUGUUACAAAAACCUUUUAACACAUUAAGUUUUCUUUGAAGGCCCAUUACAGUGUCAUAAAACAAUGUUACGUCAUCUACAUUUCAUCAUUCUAUCUACACAGUAGGUACAAGCUCAUUUUUAUAAAAAAAUAUAAAUAAACAGGAUUCAACACCGGUGAUUGAUGGUUGCUACACACGACACAAACAAGAAAUGGUUAUUUGAUGCUGAUGUAUUUGAAACGCUUAUAAUAGUUGUGUUUUGAACCUUACCGUCGCAGUUUCGGCGACUGUUUGCAGCCUAGUAACGUUUGAAUUACGUUUGUAACAUUUUGGUAAAAUCUAAUUUUCAAGUGUAUAUUUUCUUUUGCCUGACAGUUUAUUAUGUUGGAUAUAUCCUGACGUUCAUAUGUGCUGCAAGCCCUAUCCCUAUUUUGUGUUAGCUGUCAAAAGGAGUAUUGUGAAAUGGACAAGUGACAUAAAAUAAUUGCAUUUCUUAGAAUUACCUACAAAGGACAUUACAUACACCUCCUCAGGAAAAUCUCAUGAAGGUUGUAUUUAUCAAUUCUUCCUAUUAAAUUGAUAGAUGUUUUGUGGUAGAGUUUGUCAUCCUUUUAACUGGACAACCUUAAUGAAGGCUUAGGAAUUGUUAAAAACAUAAGAAAGAGGUAUUUCGAUAUUGUGUGAAUGUGGUUUUGAAAAUGUUAUAUCCUGUUGAACAGUCAUCCCCCCCAUAGAAAUACCUUGUAUUCUGAUAUAUCCUCAACGACUACUGAGCACGGUUUCGAUUGUAAGGUAACUACAUAUGAUAUACCUAGCCCACGUCAAGCACACACCUAUUUAUUAACAUUAUCUGAGAUGCUAUCUUUAUCCACACAAUGGCAGUGUAGGGCCAACUCACUAUUGCUUAACGACCCUUAAAUAAUUCAAACAUUAAUCGAGCCGGUAGCGUUCGUGUUGCGAGCCAGUUGAGAUUAAAAUCCCUGAUAUCUAAUUGUUUUCGUGUAAAUUCUUUAUGAGAGUUCUACGUUCGUAGUACAGUGCAAGUCCUAAUUUGAUUAAGAUACGAGAGAGCGUUGGUUACUAGGAGCCGUGGACAAAACGGGACUGUGUGGAUACAGUGCCUUGAUUUGUGCGUCAGUAUGUGUUGUGUCUAGCAUUUACUUACCUUGGUUUACUUUCAAAUUAUCCCAAUGUAUCAUUGGUAAACUCUUGUUACCUAGGAUAGGAAAUUCUGAACUGAAAUACGGAACUGUGAGUUGCUAUUGACGAAGUACCUCUAGGUAUAUCGCGUUGCCAUCACAACACUCUAUCUUGAUACGCCAGACUAGUUUUCAUUUGAACAAGUAACUUUAUGACGUAAACAUCGUUAUUAUAACAAUUAGAUUAUAUCGUGAGUCAGUAUGGCUGGAGGGAGCGAGAAGAAAGUCAUCAAGGGAAUGAGAGAUGUUCCCAAACGUCCAUCAGAAGAUGAGAAUGAAGAGGAAUCUCUUCCGGCCAUGACAGAGGAGGAGAGAAACUGCCUGAAUGCCAAGAUGCACCUCCUGACACAAACCACAGACGAAGGCACGUCCCUGUACGAUCACCUGGCAGUGUUACUGUCGGGUGCCUUGGAGCAUCAACCGAAGAACUUCGUCGACCACCUUGAGAAGCUUAGUCUGCAGUUGAAGAGGGACAAAGUGAAGGUCACACAGAGUACAGUAAGGUCUAUUCCAACCCCUUCGCCAAGCUACCACCUUGCCAAGGUUGAGCAGAGGCAGUUCCACAAAAUCAGCAAUGAGGAGAUGAACCGACUCCAUGAUUUUCCGGAGGAGAGCCUUCAGGAAGAUGAGAGAUACACCGCGAUUCCGAACCUCAUGAAACAGGCUCACUGCUUCCAGAUGGCCGGUGUUGGCCUGUCGAUGGAGGAGUACACGCGUAUAGCUCUGUCUCUGAGGGAGCUGGUGAAGGUCUGGCCGAUACAGACCGUCCGAUUCUGGGGCAAGGUUCUGGGACUGAAGCAAAACUACUAUGUGGCGGAGGCGGAAUUCCCGGAGGGGGAGUAUGAAACCGACAUCAGUGAUGAGGAGGAAGAGGAAGACGACGAUCCGGCAGAGGAGAGGGAGGAUAGCCUUUUUGACGAAACCACAACCAUAUUGUCCAUGAAGCCGCUCUUCAAGCCCCCACGGAAAAUCCCCUGUGAGACAGCAGGGACAGGCUUGAACAAAAAGGUGUACUUCGUGUGCUCAGAACCCUGUCAGCCGUGGUAUCGUUUACCCCAUGUCACACCUGAACAAAUUGUAGCCGCCAGAAAACUUCGGAAGUACUUCACUGGAUAUCCAAACCAUCAGAUGGUGACGUAUCCACCAUUUCCAGGCCUUGAAAAGAACUACCUUCGCGCGCAGAUUGCCCGGAUCAGCGCCACAACGCAUGUCUCCCCUAUUGGAUUCUUUAAGUUUGACGAGGAGGGGGAGGAGGAAGAAGAGGGGGAGCCGGCGGAGGGUAGCAGGGAAGGGUUCGUGGAAGAUCAGGACUUUGAGGGACUGAGCAUGCGAGACCUAACUGAUCCAGGAAUGGCUACUUGGGUUCAUCACACACCCUUUGUCUUACCACAGGGUCGGAUUACGUGGUACAACCCUCUGCAGGGGCACGAGGGGGAGGAAGAGAACGAGGAAGAGGAGGAAAGGAACGAGCCCGAUGAACCGGAACCGGAACAUGGUCCGCCAUUAUUGACUCCACUGUCAGAGGAUGCCCAGGUUGGGAAGAGUCCGGCUUGGAUUGCCAAGGCGUCAUCGCAGUUUGUCCCAGAAUAUUCAGUAGCUAUUCUCCACUCGAACACAUGGCCAGGAGCGUAUGCCUUUGCUUCCGAUAAAGGAAGGUUUUUUGAGAACGUAUAUAUUGGCUGGGGACAUAAAAACCUUGGCAGCUGUUUCGAACCUGCCAUCCCCGACCCACCAUUGCCAGAGUUCCCGACCGGAAAGGAAGUAAUUGAAGUGGAAGACCCGAAACCGGAAACAGAAGCGGCAGUGCGCUCGGCAAUGCGGGAGAAGGAGUUAGAUGCCGAGGAAGAGGAAGUUGGAGAGAUGGAGGUGGAAGAAGAGGAAGAGGGUGACGAAGAGGACCAAUAGGCAGUUGCAGAGAAACGCGAAGCACUGGCAUUAUUUUAUCAUUUAAUACCUUCGAUAUCAUCUCUAGAACGUUUCUGCAAUAAAACACAUAAAAAGUGGUAGGGGGUGGGAAGGGCAACUAUUUAUCGAAAAUUGAUGCAGGAAUUCCAAGUGACUGUGAAAGUCGUCGGGGUGAUGUGAUCCGUUUUCGGUGUAGAGUUGAAGCCCUUUAAAUACUAGAAAAUAAUCUUUAGCAGUCGAUAUCAAUCGUCUUGAGUUAUUUAAGUAGGUUAAUAACAGUGCCAUAAUUCGUGAGUCAGGUUUAUCUCUAUCACUGGAAUUCGAUGAAUAUAUUUUAACAAUCUUGAUUUGCUCAUUUUGCAUUUGUUAUGACGUGUGGUAGAUGCUGCAACACUGUAUAUAUGUUCAUAACAAACGUGCGUUGAAGUUCACGACACUGUUACUUGGUUUUGAACGUUUGUCAGAACGAAUACUACUACUAUAUAGUAGUUAGUAAACAGACGCACCCAGUGAAUGAUAAUAAAACAUUGAAAACCAU